AUGAACACUUCGGUGACGCUCUCGGGAGGACAGCGGAUGCCGCUGCUGGGGCUGGGCUGCUGGCAGGCUCCGAGCCAGGAGGUGGCCGCCGCCGUGGAGGCCGCCCUGCUAGCCGGCUACCGGCACAUCGACACCGCUUACAACUACCUGAACGAGGACGGCGUCGGAGAGGGAAUCCGAGCCGCCCUCAAAACACGCAGGAUGACCAGGAGGGAUCUCUUCGUGGUCACCAAGCUGCCCAUGAUCGCCAUGCAGGAAGGCAAGGUGGAGAAGUACCUAAAGAAGUCGCUGAAACUGCUGGGUCUCGACUACGUCGAUCUGUACCUUGUCCAUACGCCGUUUGGGUGUGUGGAGAGAAGUGAGACGGACGUCUUUCCCUCGCAGGAUGGGAAACUGCUGAUAGAUUGUUCGACUGACCUGAUCGCCGUGUGGAAGGAAAUGGAAAAGAUGGUGAAACUUGGCCUGGCAAAAUCGAUCGGCGUAUCCAACUUCAACGCCAAGCAAGUUCUGAAGAUAGUCUCCAAUGCUGAGAUACCUCCCGCUGUGCACCAGGUGGAAUGUCACGUCUAUUUCCAGCAGCGCGCACUGCGCGAGGCGUGCAAGAAGCACAACAUUGCCAUCACAGCGUACGCUCCGCUGGGCUCCCCCGGCCGCAAGGUGCUGUACGAGAGCCGCGGCGCGACCGUGGAGCUACCGGACCUGCUGAAUAACCCGGUGGUGCGCCUGGUAGCGGAGAAGCACAAGCGGACAGCAGCGCAGGUUCUGCUGCGCUUCCUGGCCCAGCAGGACAUCAUUGUCAUCCCCAAGUCGACCAAGGCGACGCGGAUCCGUGAGAACGGAGACAUCUUCAGCUUCCAGCUUGACGAGCUGGACAUGGCGGCGCUGAGUUCGCUGGACCAGGGCGAGCCGGGUAGAACCUUCCGCAUGUCCGUGUUUCCUGGCGUCAGCGAUCAUCCGGAAGCUCCCUUCUAG